CUGCUGCAGCGCAAUGGGCAAAAAUCUGCUCAAGUCAAUCUGCAAACAAAAUCAGAGGCUGUGACUCCCAUGGCUGCGGUGGCUACAAUGACCCCAGAGGAGGGAGGAAGCACCGGGGAGUGGAUGUGGUGUGCCAGGAUGGCUCUGUAUUGUACUCGCCCUUCACGGGGAAUAUCAACAGACAAGUCAGGCCCUACGGAAACGGCAACGCCAUCGACAAUGGAGUCCAGCUCUCAGGAUCAGGAUUCUGCAUUAAGAUGUUUUACAUCAAACCCAUCAAGUACAGCGGCCCCAUAAAGAAGGGAGAGAAAAUAGGUGUCCUGCUGCCCAUGCAAAGGGUCUACCGAGGAAUUAUAUCCCACGUCCACAUCCAAAACUGUGACUUAACAGACCCUACUCCCUACCUGUAA